AUGGAUCCCCACCAAAAUGGCGCCGCGCAAACCUUGCGCGGUGCUCGCUCCAACCGUAGUCACGUCAUGACUUCCUCUUCGGCUGCGAGGGGCUUCAAGCCCUCGAAUCCCACCUUUCUCGAGGACCCUGCCAUGGCCAAGACCCUUGAUCUUUCAACAUCAUCGUCGUCUCAAAGCAAAGUCCGAAAUUCGGCCCCUGCCGUGCCCACCCUUUCGGUGUCGCCUCCGUCUGCCGCUUCCUCGCCGUCCUCAACGACCACCGCUGUUGCGGUGCCCAUUGCGUUGCCUUCGCGACCUCUGCGGGCCUCUCCGUCCGGCCGGGGCAGCGUGUCGAGGACAGCCAGUUCGUUCCUCCUCGAAACGUCGAGUUUCGCCGAAGACGACUUCGCUUUUUCUUCGUCAAUCUCGUCCAACAUCUCGUUUGCGCCGUCUAGCUUUGCCUCCAACUACCAGCUAGGCUUCUCCAUGGAUGAGGAGACGUGCGAUUCCUCGCUGUCCGAGCCUGAUCUAGGUUGCGAUUCCGAACUGAGCCCCUUUGGUAGCGCCAAUUUGUACAGUGUCCCCGCCGGAACCAGGGUGAAGAGUUUCGUGGGAGAGGGCGCCGCCAACGUUGUUGUCGAGCUGGAGCUUCCCCAGGGGCUCCAGCCACAACCAAGCACUUUUUCCAAGGUAGGUAAACUCUUGAGGUUGCAAAAGGACGCAGCGCAGCCUGAGAAGCAGCCUUACGGCUACCCCGAGCAGUAUCGUUAUUGGAGAGAACGCAUCCAGCCCAUCUUCGUGGAUCAGGACAAAGAUGACCUCGUCAACAUCGACCUCGUUCGUCUGGGCUCUGGAGGAUCUAAUCUCCUAGACGACGUUGAUCAUCUGCUUGAAAUGAUGGACAACGUAGCUACGGGAAAGAAGACUGCCUCCGCACCGUCCAAAUCCUCUCGCAUCCGGAAGCGGAAAAUGAAGUUUGUCGGAUCUAGGCUGGCCCGUGUUGAGUUUGGCAUGUUGGUCGACGAUAUGCGCAUCGAUGAGAAUGAAGGCAUCAUGAUCGAGAUCAAGCCUAAAUGGCUCGUUCAGUCACCCAGCGCCCCCGCGGACGCAGUGAGGUGCCGAAACUGCGCCGUCCGCCUUCAUCGACACCUGAAAGACCCGUCGCACGACAGCGCAAUUCUCCCGUGCCCUCUUCUUAUGACUGCCGAAUGCCACGAGGACCGAAAUACCUUUGUUUCCCGACUUUUCGCCGACGACAUUGACGAGGAUGAGGGAACAGAAGCGUGGUACGUCGCACCCCUGCGCCGAUGGUUCAGAGGCACGGAAUCUUCUCAGCCCAAGCGACUCCUCGAGCGCAUGAGGAAGAUGCAAAAGCAGCUCGAUCUGUGGGGACCUCUCGGUCGUGGUAUCCAAGAUGAUGAGUUCCGCCUCGCCAUGACGUUGAGGGACUGCAGCGUGUUCCUGAGGAUCAUGCACCGGCCUGGGGGUCAGACCAAGGUCGUGGCUAAGAUCGCCGACUUGGAUAAGAAGAACUCGACAGCCAAGAUGGAUUGGUGGCGAAAGACGGAGCUUGACCUCGUCCACAGCGGUGCAUAUACGGCCGAGUACAGGCUGGACGCGGAGAAGGGCAUGGCUGUGCCGGCGGGCACGUCGUGCUACAUGGAAAUGCAAGAAAGGAGAAGGAAGCUGAAGAAGGGGAGAUUGAGGAUGGCAGUGUGGAAUUUCAGUUGA